AUUUCAAUGUGGCAGUUCGAAGCUCGAGCAUCUCAGGAUGUGUUCUUGCCAGAAGCCCAGAACUCCAUGAGAGCUCCUACUCGGUUCCUUGAGAACCCUCAGACUUAAACGCUACUGAAACUCAUUAUCAUUAUGCGUUUCGUUCCCAUCUCUGUCUCGCUCUGCAGCUUCAUCUCGCGGCAUUUCAGUUCUUCAAUUACGCUCUCUGAGUUCCCAAAGCUUCGGAAAAUCCCAUUCAAGUAUCGAGCUCGAGCUAUCCAACAAGCCCAGCAAGCUCUAACUGAGUAUCUUCAUACCACCAGAUCCUUAUCCUUCACCCAUGCUGAGCACAUAAGUAAGAAUUCCGUGGUUUCCCUUUCUGAUCUCAUUUCAAGGGUUGAAUUCUCGACCUCCAACUUCUUCAGGAAUUUCCAGAAGUUCCUCAGCUACCAUCCCAUCAACGAAAUUGAGUUCUUCUUCGAGAGUAUCGGUAUACCUCCUUCCGAAAUUAACGGUUUCUUGUCGCGCCAUGAAUUCUUCCUAUCCGAAGACGGGAAUAUUUUGAAGGUAGCUCAUGUGCUUUCUGCUUUUGGAUUCCCAUGGAACAGGCUAGGACAUCUGUACAAGGAGGAAAUUUUUUCAAUUUUUGGUGAGACCCCAGGUGCUUUGAUUGCUAGGCUUAAUCGUUUGAGAGAGUUUGGGUUUGAUAAUGUUUCUGUGGCUGGUAUAUGUUUGGCUUUCCCUUUCGUACUGAAUGGGAACGAUGAAUUGGUUGGGCAAAUUGAUGCGUUAUUUGAUGAUUUGAGAAGGGCUUGUUUUAAUUUUGGUUUGGCGAGCCAUGUAGAGUGGAAUGCGGAUUCAUGGUAUGAGAUUUGCAGAAAAAUUAGGGUUUUCUAUGAUCUGGGAUGUGAGAAGGGGAAGAUGGGAGAACUGUUUGGCAUGGGACAGGACGUUUUUCUUCAGUACUCAGAAGAGUUUCUGGUGCAAAAGGUGGAAUACUUUUGUAGAUUUGGUGUAAAGAAAGCUGAUGUGGCUUUGUUGCUUCUCCAGUACCCCGAGAUUCUGAAUUAUGACUUGGAGAGCCCUAUGAUUUCAGUUUUAGAUUUUCUGAAAUAUAUUGGACUGAGCGAAGAGCAACUGAAUUCUGUUUCUCACCAGUACCCUUAUGCUUUGGGCAGGAACAAGUUGGGUAAUUUGCCUCAUGUGAUGAGAGCAAUGGAUCUUCACCAGUGGUUCUUCAAAAAGAUCAUGAAUGGGGAACACCACCUGUUAACUAAUUUUGUUUUUAGUAGUCCUGAUACCUAUUUGGAUAAUGAGUUUAAACAUCACUUGGAGAGAAUUCAAUCUGCUCGGAAUCACAGAUACAUGAUAGGGAAGUUGGACUUCUUACUUGGAAUUGGAUUUGGGGAGAAUGUUUCCACCAUGAAGGCCUUUUCUUCAUUGCAUGGCUCAAGCUUCGAAUUGCAGGAGAGGUUUGAAUGCCUUCUGCAACUAGGUAUUAAAUUCUCCAAUCUCUGUAAGAUGGUUAGCUCGAGGCCUAGUAUCCUCAACCAGAAUCCAGACAUGCUUGAACAGAAGGUCACCUUCCUCUGCAAGGACUGUGGGAGCUCUCUAGAAUACCUUGAUGUUUUCCCAUCUUACCUGUGCUUCGAUUUAGAGAACAGGAUCAAGCCUAGAAUUAGAUUCUAUAUGUGGCUUACAGAUAAGGGUUUGGCUGAAAGUGACUAUUCAGUUGCAAGCAUGGUCGCUACUUCUGAAAAGAAUUUCCUUGCUCGUCUUCACAAAGUUCACCCAGCUGCUCCAAAACAGUUCUUGGAGUGUUUUUCUUCUGAAAAAACAUCUGACAGUGAUCAAGAGACAUAGAUUAUGCAAUCCCAGACUAUUUGCAGUUCAUCGUUGAUUAACU